GUUUGGUCAUUUCUAGCAUGCAGAUGGCCAAUUUGAAUCUUCACCCCUCCAGGUCCAAAGCCCCUAUUUGCUUGUAUGCCCAUCUAUGCGCCUCUUCCGUCUCACACACCGUCUAUUCGUCUAUGCACCUCUAUCCGCUACGCAUCUCUAUCCCCUACGCAUCUCUAUCCGUCCAUGCACCUCUAUCCGCUCCCGUCCAUCUGUUCAGCCACCCGCUCUAACCACCCAUGUUAGCCUAUCCGUCCACCAAAAGAGAAGGCCUCAAAAUCCCCUUGCAUCCAGACGAAAAUGCAACCGAGGUGUGUAUUAAUCACACCUAGCUCUUAUGACGUAGGGUGUUGGAGAUGGCUCCCGGCCAAGCCUCGGUCAGUACGCUCGAGGGUCUGACUCAAUA